UGUCGAUCCACACUGGUCGUGAUUCCCUUAGCGUUGACAUACAUAUGAUAGACUUCAAGAAUCCGGACCAGCCUGAAGUGUGUCUAACAACAGUUCUUGAACAGCUGUACGAUCAAUGAGCUAGCAACGAGAAACGAGCAACGAGCGACGAGUGAUUAGCGACGAACGACGAGCGAUUAUCGAACGAACGACGACUAGAGAUUAGCAGCCGGCUGGGGCCGCGCCAUUAUCACGAGGGUGGAAGCUUACAGUGGAGGGGAUAUUGUCAGAUUGCCGCAACCAGCGAUCAGCCUAGUAGGUCGCAGUGCUAUGCACCCCCUCCCCUUCCCACGCGUCGUCAUUAUACAGCCAUGAAAGAAGCCUCACGAGCCCACAUGCCUUCGACCAGACCCUUCCGCUGGCGACAAAGCAGGUGGUAGCGCGUCGACCUAGUCUUGCAUUUCGUCUUAUCUGCCCUACGUUUAGACAAAACCACUCUCCGCUGCUUGCUAUAGUUUCGCUGGGCGCUCCUCGCGGUUUUAACGCUGUACCUGCGUUGUUGCAUCGCACAACAGCGCUGUUUUCUACUGUAGACUUGUAGCAGAGCUGCUGCUGUAGUUACGGCGUUGUAGAUAGAGAAACGUACAGUAGACGGCAUUGCCAUGGGCUGCGUAGGCUCUACUGCAAAAGACGAAGAGUCUCCAAAAGGCAAGAAGCUCGUGAAGCCCAAGGCGUGGAAGCACCCAACGCCACUGUCCCAGGCAGAGCUGACUCGUAUGAGGGAGGAGUUCUGGGACACCGCGCCGCACUACGGCGGCCAAAGAGAGAUAUGGGACGCAUUGAAGGCAGCAACAGAGGGAGACCAAGACCUUGCGCAACUGAUACUGGAGUCAGCAGGGGUAGUAGUCGAUGUGCCUGACAUGUCUGUGUGCUAUGACGAGAGAGGAGCCAAGUAUGAGCUACCUCAGUAUGUUUUGAGCGACCCCAUCAACCUCGUCAAGGAAUCUUGAUGGAAACCGGAGUAUAUUGGAUUGGGUGCCUUAGAGAGAUGUUGUCUCGACUACAAACCUUUGCCUUGCCUGUAUGAAUUGCGUAUCAUACGGUUUAUAGCUAGCACCAUCUGUGCAUUAUAGGAGGCAAAAUGACAUGUGAA